CUGUUUCGUUUGUUUUGGGUGGCGCCAACAAUGGACUGAAAAGACUUUUUGAAGCUGUUCGUGAUGUACAUAACUGUUUGUUUUGGAGACAACAAUAUUCUUCAGUUGGAACUAUCGGUCAACUCUAACAUAGAAGAACUUUUCAAUGUCUUGAGUCUUGAGGCCUCAACACCCGAGGACAAGUUAGAAGUAUGGUUUGAAGGGACCUUAUUACAAAAGGAAGACAAGAGAACUAUUCAGGAAGUGGGAAUGAAGGAAAAUGACUUUUUAUUUGUAAAAGUAAGGCAAGAGCCAAGUGGCUACCCUGAAGCUGGACCUUUCAACUGGAGCGUUGCCUCCCAAUCACAAGGAAGAAGUACUACAGGAGUUAACCCUUCUGGCGCAAGUUCUCAGGUUUCGUGGAAGAAUAACAACUUGUAUGAUACUCAAGUUCAGAAAGCUUUGGAAGAAUAUAUAAGGCAAAAGAAUAUUGCAGAAAAUCUGGAAGCAGCUCUGGAAUACAAUCCAGAAGCCUUUGGUAGUGUGGUUAUGUUGUAUAUAUCAGCCAAAGUGAACAAUGUAGAAGUCACUGCUUUUGUAGAUUCGGGUGCACAACAUACUAUUAUUUCUAAGCAGUGUGCAGAACGGUGUCGAAUUAUGCACUUGAUCGAUUCUCGUUUUGGAGGGAUUGCCAAGGGAGUAGGAACAGCUCGCUUUCUUGGAAGGAUUCAUAUUUCUAUGUUCAGUAUUGGAGAACAGUAUUUUCCAGUUUCUUUUCUGGUUAUUGAGGAUUUGAGUUUUGAUAUGCUUUUUGGUUUGGAUAUGUUACGUCGGCAUCGAGCUGUCAUUGAUUUGGAGCAAAACUGUCUGAAGAUGGGUGAAGCAGUAGCCUACUUUUUAGCAGAGAAAGAUAUUCCUGAAGCUUUUCGACUCAAUAGGGAUAUAGGAGUAGAACGAGGAGAGUCUUCACGAGACUUGAGACGACAACCACACGUUGGUUCAAGACGUUUAUGGGAUGAUGCCAACAAUACUAUAAGCCAACCUUUUUCAGAAGAUGCUAUUCAACGUUUGAUAAGUCUUGGUUUUGGUCGAGACGAAAUAUUAACAGCACUAGUUGCCUGUGAUGGAAAUGAAGAACAGGCUGCGAAUCUUUUAGCUGCUCAUAAAUAUGGCUUUUGAAGAAUGGACUUUGUGGGACAAUGAAUUUCUCUCAAAUCUUAACAUCGUUGGAAGGAUGAAGUUGUGAGAAUAAAGUAAUUGUGUGAAACCCAAACAUGUUUAACAGA